GGAAACCUAGACAGGCAGACAGACAGACAGACAGAGAGACAGACGGUCCCUACCCCCCGGUGCCCGCGGCCCAGGGCGGGCGGCAGAAUCCAACCUCAGCUCGCCCAAGAGAAAAGUGAAGGAUGCCAUAUCUGUACAUGCGUCACACCUGGAGAACCUCAUGUGUUCUUGAGGAAGGAUAAGGCCUUUACUUUUGACUACGUGUUCGAUAAUGAAUCACAGCGAGAACAAAUCUAUGCCCAGUGCAUAGAAAAACUCAUCGAAGGUUGUUUUGAGGGAUAUAAUGCCUCCGUUUUUGCCCAUGGACAAACAGGUACUGGCCAAACCUACACCAUGGGGACAGGGUUUGAUGUCCAUAUCACUGAAGAAGAGCAGGGUAUUAUCUCAUGGGCUUUUAAACAUCUUUCUAAGUGUAUCCAGAAACAAGCCGUUAUUAAGAAUGGGCUCCCGCCUCCAGAUCUCAAAGUGAAUUCCCAGUUCUUCGAGGAUCAGAGAGAUUAAAAUGAACAGGAGCUACUGGAGAGAGCAACAAAGAAGGAAUUUCUAUCAACUGUGGACUUUUGGCACUUGGCAAUGUAUUAAGUACCCUGGGAGAUAAGAGUAAAGAGGCCGUUCAUGUACCCUAUCAGGAUUCCAAACUAACAAGGACCCCCUGGGGGAAAACAGCUAAUUACCAGGCAGACUUAGCCAACAUUACUUGUGAAAUUGCAAU